GGGCGCCCCGUAAAUGCGCUUCCGCCCUGCCCCGCCCGCCGGAAGUGUGAUGUGUCCGCGAGCGGGUCGCCAUGUCUGCCAUCUUCAACUUUCAGAGCCUGCUGACUGUAAUCUUGCUGCUCAUAUGUACCUGCGCCUAUAUCAGAUCCUUGGUUCCCAGCUUACUGGACAAAAAUAAGACAGGAUUAUUGGGAAUUUUCUGGAAAUGCGCCAGGAUUGGUGAACGGAAGAGCCCCUACGUGGCUGUCUGCUGUGUCGCGAUGGCCUUCAGCAUCCUGUUCGUACAGUAGCGACUGGAGAGUGUCCCAUACGCCCCACUACCAAACAGCAAAGCAUGGAAGAACUUCUGGCAAGAAAAGAUAGGAAAGUGUCAUCAAGUCUCUUCUCACAUGUUGGAUAGCCUGUCUUUUAGUGGACAGCCCUCCUCCUGCAAACAGAACAUCAUGUACAAUAUUAGCGAUCAUAAUGUAACUAACUCCAGAUGACAUUGUAUUUAUUAAUGUCAAGUCAGUACUGACACUCCUGAUGUAACUCUUGAAAGGGUGUCUGUUGUAUAUCUGAGUUUCAGGAGAGCUUUCUUUACACCAUGCACUUGAAAAGUUUUUUAAUUUAUCGCUUGAUUGAUCUAAGGUAGAAACAUAAAAAAGUUAAAUCUAGCGAUAGCAAUAACACCACUAUUACAGGAAUGAAGAAUAUUGUGAGUGUGGGAUAUGUUAUGAAAGUAUUUUCAGUUUUUGCUGUCUGAAGUAUCACUGUCAUUUUGUGAUAGCUGCACUCAUAUAAUAAAAAUAUGACUUCUA